CUGACAAAUAUACCGCGUUGUAGACGCUUGCAGCUACUUGCAGUACAGACUCGCGGAGAGAACCGAGCAUCCCGCAAUUCACGCGCACAGCAUUUCAAUCCGGACCCGCAGGGCUCGAGCCGCAGCUGUUCUCUGCUCUUGUGCGGGUUCCACGGCGACCCAUGAGAACUUUCAUUUGACUCCAUCGUUUCAUUUUAUUUUUAUUUUCGUUCACUAGUCAUUCUUAUUGUUUUGUUUCAUCUAAUAGGCUGCAAUUAAUUCAUUUUUACUCAUCUUUUCCAAACUGCCUCAUUCGUUUUUUGGGAACUCCCAUAAUUUGCCUGCCUGAACGGAAUACCUCGCAUUUGGAGUUGGUAACUUUACCUGCUUGCCUUUUUUAUCCACACCGAGGGGAUUUAACUUCCAUGUCUCCACGGACAUUCAGCACUUCGGCGGCGACUACACGGGUCGCCUUCCGGUGAGGAAUGUAGUUACGUGCUCCCCUCCACUCAGUCGUAUAUUUUACCGAAUGAGAAACUGCCUGCUGUCCGCGGUGCUGCUUUCCCUCAUCUCGAGCAGGACUAAUAGUGGAGUAGCUCUUCCCAUCGGGAUGUUUCACUUCUAACCGGGCUCCUAUUUAGCUUUUUUUUUUAUUUUACUUUUUUUUCCCUGGAUACUGAGUUUGGAUUUUCACAAGCAGCACUCCCACAAGACGCUUUUCUAUAUUUUUCGAAUUAUAAAUUCCCGCGAAACGGAUUUUGACCGUAACGGUCGUAACGGACCAUGGGCGACUCUCUGUGGAGAUAUUACUUUGGAUUUUUAGUCAUCGCGUGCAAGGUGAACCUGUCCCGCGCGCUCAUCCUGGACUCCAUAUACUGGAACACGACGAAUACCAAGUUCGUGCCAGGACAGGGUCUGGUGCUCUACCCACAGAUCGGGGAUAAGAUGGACAUAGUUUGCCCACGCGUGGAGGGCGGCUCUAUGGAAGGAGUGGAGUAUUAUAAAAUCUAUAUGGUUCCUCUGGAACAACUAAAGUCCUGUCAGGUCACAAAGGUAGACACGCCUCUACUCAACUGUGUCAAACCGGACCAGGACGUCAAAUUCACCCUCAAAUUCCAGGAGUUCAGCCCAAACCUGUGGGGCCUGGAGUUCUUCAGGGGGAAAGACUACUACAUUAUAUCUACAUCUAAUGGAACGAUGGAAGGGCUGGAUAAUAAGGAAGGAGGGGUGUGUAAAACCAAGUCGAUGAAAAUCCUCAUGAAGGUUGGACAAAACCCCUCCGAUCCCAUUUCCCCCAAAGAAUACCCCACAAGUUACACUCCCAAACACCCCGACGAAGGGGGCAAGGAGACCAAAUCGAAUGAAGUACUUGAAAAGCCUGAUGCAUCGCAACAAGGAGAAGAGAAGGGAGAUGGAAAUAAAUCAUCCUCAGUCAUUGGCUCAGAGGUUGCCCUGUUCGCCUGCAUCGCUUCAGCCAGCAUAAUUGUCAUCAUCAUCAUCAUCGUGCUAGUAUUCCUCCUGCUGAAGUAUCGACGACGCCAUCGCAAACACUCGCCUCAGCAUGCCACCACGCUGUCACUCAGUACAUUAGCCACGCCCAAGAGGGGUGGCAGCGGAGGCAACAACAACGGCUCGGAGCCGAGUGACAUCAUCAUCCCGCUUCGGACUGCUGACAGCGUCUUCUGCCCACAUUACGAGAAAGUAAGUGGCGAUUAUGGACACCCCGUUUACAUCGUACAAGAAAUGCCACCGCAAAGCCCAGCAAACAUCUACUAUAAAGUGUGAAACUGGACACGCUUCUUUUGGACAUUUUAACUCUAACCCCCCACAUGCCCCUCGAAGAACCCCCCCGUGGGCGGAAUCGACGCCUGGGCUCACCCUCGUUCUGCCCGCUCUUAUUGUUUUUGUUGUUGUUCUUUAUUUUACAAUAUUGCUGAUUAUUACUCUCAGUAUAGAUGUUGCUGAUGUUGGAGAGACUCUCCUGAUUCGCUGCUCUUGCACCUGCAAAAACGAAACACACAAAUAGAAAAUGACAAAAAAGAAAACAGAAACCCUCCGGGGUGAUUGACGUGCACUACAACGGAUACUAUAGCAUGUGUACGAGGGAGUGUGUGUGAAUCAGACGAGCGGGGGAGAGGGGGCUUGAGGGGGUGCCUGUGAGAAGAGAGGUCAAGACAAUGGAUCUUUCCUCUUUUUUCCACUACAUCAUCUCCAUUAAAGACACAACACACGGAGAUGGAGAAGAGAAGUGACGUGACUGUACCACACAGCAAGAACUAUGAACUAUGAUUGGCUGAUCCGUCUCAGAACAGGAAGUGAAUACAGCCUAUUGGCCAGAGCUACAGGAAGUGGAUUUAUUGAGGAAGCAGGAAGCUCUCUGGAGCCUACUGUUGGACAAUUGAAUGGACAUCAUCUGUUUUUGCACGUUCACUCGUACUGUUUUCAUUUACAUUAGCUCUCCUCAUUUGUUCACCUCUACAAAAUGACUCACAAUGUUUACUUGAAGUCUUUUUGUACGGUUAUGCGUCUCACAUGCAUUUCUUUUUGUCAUUCCCAGUGCGGUCCACUUGCAGAUUCAUUUGGUAGAAGACAUAGAGAUCAUUUUGUGCUGGUUUAAGUAGUGUGGAAGACACAAACACACAUUUCAUUUCAUAUACGUCUGCUGCCAGGGCUGGAGAAAUUAGACAAAAAGAGAAAGAAGGAAGGAAGGAAGGAAGGAAAGAACGUCGAUAUUUGGUACAGUUGUUGUCCUGUUGCCUGCUGGGAAGGUGGAAGACCCACAUGAACACUUUAGCAGCACUUUGAAAGCCUCACCACCUUUCCCACGUGGAGUACAAACUCAAGAAAACACAUUAAGACAGAGAUCGCAGGGAGCAAAUUACUCAAGAUGUAAUAGCAAAAUCUGUCAUUUUUGACACGAAGUGGCUACCUUCCCCAGGCAUGUCGCUGCAAAAGUUACUGUCAUUCUAGUAUUUCUGCCAUCACACACACACACGCACAUUCUCAUUCAGCAGUGGCCUGUGCAGAUUGUGGAAAAGAGGAAUUGGUGCUCUACGUUUUUGUUCACAAGCACAGGGACAUCAAGAUAUAAUUGUUUAGUUUUAAAUUAUACAAAAGAUUUAAUUAGCAUUGCUUCAUGGAUUUGUUUAUCUGUAGAUGAAAACGGUCGGAAAGACUCCAUGUAGACUUUAUUUAUGAUACCAUACAGACAGGUUGGUGUGAAACAGCAAGAAUAUGAAUAAUUGAUGGAGAAUCUGCACAUUAUGCAAGCUUCAAAUUUUCCUAUUCGUUGACAGAUAGUUCUCCAUCUCGCUGUUAGCUUUUUCUAUCGAUCCCGACACGAAUAGCUGCCUUUUGACGACAAACACACACACACAUACCCUCACAAAAAGCACACGCGCUCAUGGCCAGGGAAGGGGCGGCUUUGGAAGGAGCCCUCAGGGAAAACAGCAUGUUGGGUUUUAAAAUAGCCAAAAGGAAUGAGAGGGAAGGGCAAGAACGGACCAAAGGAAAGGCAUGUCUAACAGAGUCCUGACUAAACCAACUUCUCCAGGCUGCCUGUCUCUGUUGAUGAAGCUCAGAUGUGCUCUGGGUCGAAAUUAGGCCCCUUAAUCUGGAAGGAAAGCAGUAGACGUGGGUUAGUGAGCAUACCAGAUGAGAACGAGCGCAGGCUAAAUGUAGUAAAUUGCAUGAAAUGGGAUCUUUCAGGCUCCAAUUGUGGGAGGUCUCCGUUGGGGGAAAAAACACAUUAUGAUUGAUGGAGGUCACAAGUGGACUUAGCGUGCGUUUUAGAGAGGAAGUCGCCAAGCAGAGGCCAGAGUAUCCCACAACCCGCAGCUCCCAGAGGAUUUUGUAACCCCUUACGUGUGUGUCGUCAUUCGUGCGAAACCCUUCGUGAGCAAUGCCAGCCUGCAGACAGUUAUCUUCAUUUGUUUCUUACAUUGAAAUCAAAACCGUUCACCAAAGGUGGACUUUGAGAGUUGAACGUGUCCACAAACUGACUGGUUUGCCAUAGUCGCACAUCAACUGUUCAUCCAUUUUGUUUUCACUUGUUCAUGGAGGUUCUUGAAUCUCACCGAGAAGCCAAGCCUUGUGUGAUCGGAGCUUUGUGCCUCUGUAAGAGGCCACAAAAUCUGCAAAUAUGCAAUUUUUAUUUAUUUUUAUAACAAUUGAGAAAAGAAGAUGAUAUACGUUGACCUAUGGAAAAGUGUUCUUAACCACUGAAAAUUAAAUGAAAUAAUACAGCAUACGAAAACGCUACAACCCAGUGUGUUAUUAUUAUUAUUAUUUUUUUUACUUUGUGCUGUAGGUUGGAGGUAAACUGUGAAACAUGAACACACACAAAUGCAUAUUGAAGACUCAGCAGUUGUUUGAAACUUUAGAAGACACACAUGCCACAAGAACUACAAACAUAUUGCUGUUCGGUUGCUGUCCCACAUGGGCUAAAUAUGACAAUCUCCUUAGUUUCUUUGAAUCCGAAGACACUGUCCUGGCAAGCAGGUUGCAAACGUUCCCAUUGCAUUUUAGGAGCGGUAGGACUUAACUAGUAGCGUAAGAUGUUGCACCGAUGUGGAUGGAAGGUUUGCGAAACGCUGGGAGAAGUGUCUUCGGGCCACUGUAAAAUGCCUUGCUUGUAUGGUCACCCUGAGUUCACCGGACUCUAGUUUUUGCACCGUACAUCUGUAGGUGAGAGGCUGUAUAUACGUUAUUGUUUGUAUUGUAUAUGGAUCCCCGGUUGUUACAAUAGCCUUAUUCUCACAUUUCUAGCAAAUAAAAAAGUUAUGAAAAAAAAAAAAACAUGAUUCACUUCAGUUAAAAGAGAGCAUACUAAUUUUUUUGGUAAAUAUCUUGUGUAAAUAUUGACGACAAACCCAAUAAAUUGUUUUUUAUAAACUCUUAAGUAA